AUGCCAACAACGUUGCAGCAGUCUUCCUCCCCCACCCUCGAUCUCGACUGCGCACCAUCGCGAAGCAGUUCCGAUGAAGAGGGUAACGAGGACGAGAUUGACCGGUACUACAACAUGAAGGUUGGGGGCAACGUCGAUCCGGUUGAAUGGUGGAUCGGUAAUAGGGCUCGGUUCCUAAAGCUGUCUCAGAUGGCCCUUGACGUUCUCGCUAUUCCGGCCAUGGCAGCUGACUGCGAGAGGUCCUUUAGCAUUGCCAAGCUUACUCUGAGCUCCCAGAGGCAUGCAAUGAAGUGGGAGGCUAUCGAGAUGCUUCAGAUGCUGAAGAACUGGCUUAGGAACGGCGAUAUCGUCAUCGGAGGAGUCAUGAUGGGCAGCAGUCCGGGUUGGGGAUCGAUUAAGGGGCAGCAGGACACCAUGGCUCAGUAUAAGAAAUCCGACAACCAAGUGAAAGUGAAGCUUGCCCCUGGCGAGCUUUACUGUCGUUGGCCUGCCCAUGAUGGUGGGCUUUGUAUCGUCGAUUCACAAUUCUCUACCGAGUUUAACCUGCGAGCCCAUAUUCGCAAGCACAAGCUGGACGGCCAUCCGGUCUCUAUUAAGCAUAGACGCAUCGGAGCGAACAGCGUAGAGGACAUAACAGUAGCUGCCAAGUUUUACACAGACAUUCGGAGGAAUGUUGAGGCGGCCGGUGAACCCGGUGGUUCCCCCUCCGUUCCCAUUGUUACACCCUCCAAGCUCUGA